AUGGCUGACAUACGUCCCGAGGAAAGAUACCCACUUCGAAGCUUGCGUACACAUCGCAAGAAGCCCCUUAUCUCUGGAACCACCAGUACACCUACCUCUCCCCAUCCACUCCACGUCCUGGACGACGACGCCGGUAACGCGGUCGAGUACUGCAUCGGUUACCCCGACGUGCACGCCUUCGCGGUGGCCUACCCGUCUUAUGUAUCGCAAGUCCUGGAACCCGUUGUCUUUCGUCCGGCGCAACGUGACGAGAGAGAGGAGUGGACGGUUCUGGAUGAUGGCAUGGCGGGUGGGCAGAUUAAAGCGAACCCCGUCACGUUGGCGCAGACGACGUAUAAGGUCGGGUCGUUGUUUGAGGGGACGGAGCAGUUGACGGACAGAUGGAGGGCGACGACGCAUGUUGAUUUGCUUGAGGGCUGGCAGGGGAAAUGGGAGGGAGAAAUUUGGUUGAGAGGGAUAUUGACAAGACUUGAUGAUGGGCGGUUAAGGUUCUGGUCUGCGUGUUCAUCUGGAGGCCCGGGUACUGGUCGUUGCGGUGUAGGCUCGACAAUAGGGGCUAAAGGUUGUGCCAUGCGUGCCAGUCUUGAAAUUCGGUUGCAUUUGAAUGGACAGCCGUGGCGUCGAGAUGGUUAUGAAGUAGAGGGUCAAAAUGCAGUUCUUCUAGAAAUAUUUGCUUCAUCUAUUGGAGCCAUGAUUGAGCAACAGCUGACUCAGGACUCUCUAGUCUUAGAUUUCUUCUUCGGUUCCCCCUUCUUCGGUUCAUUCUUAGACCCAGCUUUGUUCUCUUAG